AUGGGGACGGGGAGGGGGUUGGAAACGGGGGGGUGGGGGAGAGGGGAGGUAUGGGGAGGGGGAGGGGGGUGGAAAGGGGAAAAGGGGGGGAGGGGAAGGGGAAAUGAAGCGUUGAGCCUGCAAUCGAUACCCCAACACCCCUCCUUCCUCUCGCUCCUUCCCCCUUCCCUCCCGUUCCCCCGACCCCACCACCUCCACCUUCGACCUCCCCCAACCCUCCCUUUCCUUGAAUUUUUCCACUCCUCCCCUCGCCCACCCCUCAGUGGAGAGCACCCAUCAUUGGAGAGAGUGCGGUCCUGUGAGGGAGUGGCAGAGGACGACAUUGUUCUCCGCAUGCUCCUCUCCCCGACGCCCCUCAUGCUCACUCCAUCCUCCCACCCUCGCCCAUCCUCGCCCACUCCAUCAUGCUCUCCUCCCCUCGCCCAUCCUCGCCAUGCCAGACCCGUCAGUGGAGAGAGUGCGGUCCUACCCCUCAGUGGAGAGAACCCCUCAGUGGAGCGGGUGCGCUCCUGUGAGGGGGUGGCUGAGGACGACAUUGUGUUGCGCAAGCUGCUCUCCCCGACCCCCCUCAAGCUCACUCCCAAAACGCUCCCCGCCAACCUCGUCCUCUCCUUCGCGCUCGGCCUUUCCGCUGCCAACCUAUCAGCACUCGCCACGUCAUUUAGAAAAUUCGCAAGUGGGGCAGCAGCACAUGCCAUCAACCUGUAUCAUCAAGCUCAUAAUGCUUUUCUGGAACCCCUUGACCUAUCCCACCCACCCUUUCCAGGCAAGUGGGCAGCAGCGCAUGCCACCAACCUGCGCUAUCGUGCCUUCCACCUCUUCCUGCGCUCGCUGGACUUUGAGGGAACCGUCAUCCUUGCUGACCCUACAGAUGUUCUCUUUCUUGCCAAUCCUUUUCCUACACUCAACGACAUGUCGUUUCAUCUCUACACGGGCUCGACCACAUACCCAACACAUGGCAUCCGUUUCCUGCCUCCAGAGCACAAGCGCCUUGCAGCAUGUUAUGGCACCCGCCUGGCAUUCUCGCUCGCAAACUCACGAAUAAUCACAUCCGGCAUUGUGGCGGGGACUAUGAGCCAGGUGCCAGAGUUUUUGAUACAGGUCAUAGAAGACUUUGAGAGGCUACCAGAUGAUUGUAUAGCGCUGGAGGGAAGCGAUGAAGCUGUUGUGAACCAUCUCGUACGAUCAGGUAAGCAGCAUUGCAGCAGCUAUCUAAAGCAUUGA